AUGAGGUGUAAUAUGAAUCUUAACAAGCUACCGCUAGAUUUCGAUGAAGAUUUCUUAGAUGCAUUUGAUGUGGAUUAUGUGACCGGAAAUCCUACUUUUUGCAUUCAAGUGUCUACAUUUGCUGAAAUUCCUCAGCCUGAUGAAGAGCAUGUGAACCAGCAGAUUUCAGAAGAGGUUCCUACUGUCUCUAAGAUUAGACUGUCAUUUGAACAAGCAAGAACAAACACGUCACGCCGGUCUGCAAUCACAAGAGAAAUGCAGAAGGUGCAGUUUGUGUGCAAUAAGGAAGGCUUUGGCUGGAAAAGAAGAGUUGCUCAGCUUGUUGAUGUUGUCACUUGCUACUCUGACAAUGAUGAAGCCGAGGAGGAUAGCACACAAGAGGAAGAGGAUGAGCAAGGGGAGAACAGGAAGAAGUUUGACGAAUGGGCAACUAGCUCAAUAAUGUACAACAUCCAGUAUUUCCAUGUAUACAUAGAAAUCAAAAACUCACAUGAAGCAAAUAUGGCAAUGCUGUAG